AAACAAAGUAAGGUCAUGUAUAUUGAUCAUCCCAGUGAACUAUCAUACAACAAUGAGUGGCUGUCCGUAUAUGGGGAAAAAGUUCAAUUUUACUUUUAAUGAACUGUCUCUGGAUGAGAGUAAAAAUGGAGACCGCUCCCAAGAAGGCCUGAAUAAAGCAAGCAGAGGUGGAUUGAUAUAUGGCGACUAUCUACAACUAGAUAAAGUGUUGGAUGCCCAAGAACUGCAGAGUGAAAAAUAUGGGAAUAAAAUCCACGAUGAACAUCUUUUUAUUGUCACUCACCAAGCAUACGAACUGUGGUUCAAGCAAAUCCUGUGGGAAUUAGAUUCUGUUAGAGAAAUCUUUCAAAAUGAAAAAGUACGAGAUGAAAGGAAUAUGCUGAAGGUUGUAACACGAAUUCAUCGUAUUACAAUGAUUCUUAAACUACUGGCGGAACAGUUCUCCGUUCUAGAAACAAUGACUGCUCUUGACUUCUUUGAAUUCAGGGACUAUCUAUCUCCUGCCUCUGGGUUUCAAAGUUUGCAGUUCCGGCUGUUAGAAAAUAAGAUUGGUGUUCCAGAAAUUUUGAGAGUUCCAUAUAACAGGAGACAUUACCGUGACAACUUCAAAGGAAAAGAGAAUGAGUUACUCCUGAAAUCAGAGGAAGAGCCAACACUUCUUGGACUAGUGGAGGCAUGGCUAGAGAGAACCCCUGGAUUGGAGGAAGAAGGCUUUAAUUUCUGGGGAAAGCUGCAAGUAAAUAUAUAUCAAGGCUUAGAGGAAUCUCUCCGGUCCACAAAGAGUAAGCCAGAUUCAGAAGACAAGGAAGAACAAUUGGCGGAGCUUCAGAAGCAAAAGGAAAUGUUUAUUGCAUUAUUUGAUGAGAAAAGACACGAACAUCUUCUUAGUAAAGGGGACAGAAGAUUGUCAUAUAAAGCACUCAAAGGGGCUCUGUUGAUCUACUUUUACAGGGAGGAACCCCGAUUCCAGGUUCCAUUUCAGCUCCUUACUUCUUUGAUGGAUAUUGACAUAUUAAUGACCAAGUGGAGAUAUAAUCAUGUAUGUAUGGUGCACAGAAUGAUAGGUAGUAAAGCAGGCACGGGAGGAUCAUCUGGCUACCACUACUUACGUUCCACUGUGAGUGACAGAUACAAGGUGUUUGUGGAUCUUUUCAACCUUUCAACAUUCCUAGUUCCAAGACACUGGAUACCUCGUUUAAACCCAAGCAUCCAUAAAUUUCUUUAUACAGCUGAUCGCUGUGACAGCUCUUACUUUAGCAGUGAUGAUUCUGAUUAAAAAAGGUUUAUUUGCACAGUAAGAAUUUUCACUAAUAAUAUACUAUCACGAAUCGUAAAGUAAAUGGGCAUACUAACAACAAAACACUAAUUAUGAGCCUCAGGACUAAAGACUAAUUUAAACAAGGACUUAUUCAAACAAACUACCGGUACUUUAUGUGUUUUUCUAAACCUCAUGCAUCUAUUUUGACUACUAUGAAUCAAUAUUCUUAUACCUCAUUAUUGAGGUAUAUGCAGGACAAGAAACUAUAUACAUAUAUAAUGUACAUUU